AUGGGGGACGAAUCGUCGGAGGAUGUGAUGACUGAUGCGGACUUUGAGAAGGCAUUAGAUGCACUUCGAGAACAGGAACCGACUGGAGAAGUGGGCGAACUGUUGAAGAUGAUGAAUGAAAAUCGCAUGAUCAGUUGGGAGGAAGCAGAGCAAAUUUUGGGUGGCUCAAGCUAUAAUGAACCCGUGAAGUCGUCUCUGCCCGAACAAACCCGACCUUCUGAACCCGAUAAUGAUACCGAUGUGGACGUCUCCAUUCAGAGAUUAACACAGGAUGAUCCGGAACUGAAAGAAAUCAACCUCAACAACAUGAAACGAACGCCCAUACCACAAGUGAAGAGGUUAAUAUCAGCGAUACGCGACAACACACACCUGGAGAAACUUGCACUAGCCAAUAUGGGUUUAUACGAUUCAAAUGUUGAGCCUUUGAUCGAUGUUGUUGAGAAUAAUGAAACGUUGAAGUCGAUAAAUUUAGAGACAAAUUAUCUCAGCGGUGAUUUCUUUUCAAAAUUAUUCAAAGCUGCCUUAAAGAAUCAAACUCUCGAAGAGGUAAAGGCCGUCAAUCAGGGAGUAACAUUCUCAACAACAUCCGAAAAGGAGAUAAUCGAUGCGAUUUUUGAGAAUCGUGGCAUUAUAAAAGUAUCUAUAAAUCUGCGUUUACCUGAAGGAAGGCAUAAAAUCGAGAAUGCAAUGCUCAGAAACGGUGAAAUAAAACGUGUCCUGCGCCGGCAAGCAGCCCAGGCGGCCAAAGCAGCCGCCGAAGAAGAGGCAAAAAAAGCCGAAUCAGCCCCAAAGCCGACGACAGCCACCGGGAAGAAAACCGAUGAGGUAACCAAACCCAAGAAAGCACUUAACAAGACUGCAAGCCCCACAACUCCAGCUAAAACCACUGCAGCUAAACCUGCACCAUCUAAGCCUGCAACUGCACCAAAAACUUCACUCACUAAAACUCCAGCCUCUGAUGCUAGCAGCACAGAUACGAGCAAGAAGGUGCCACCUAAGACUGCACCUAAAAACACCACCGCCAAAGGCACUGCUGCAUCAAGCACAAAAACACCACCGCUUUCUAAGAGCACCGCACUUGAAGGAACGCCGAGCAGUGGUCAGAAACCAGCUGCUGGUACCACCAAAAAAUUGGCUACAGCCAAACCCACCGAUGCGGCCGGAACAACUGAAAAGGUCUGA